UUCUAUCCUAUUGGCUGUCGCCGUAAGUGCUGCCGACACCAAUAAUAGCUAUGCAGUUAAAUCGAGUCCAGGCAUUUCGCCGGAUCCUUACUGUGGAACGACAGAAAAGAUGUGUUUCGAAAAGUGUGAUUCUGAGGUUUGCCAGUUCAGAGUCACAUGGAAUAAGAUUGGUGCCUAUGUGGAAUUUGAAGUUGUUCACGAUGUAUCUCACCUACGUCAGAAUGUAUGGAUAGCCAUUGGAUUUUCGACUGACAAAUACAUGGCAAGAACAAGUGUAGUGAUGUGCAAGGAUCACAACACGUUUACGUCAGUAGAACUCGGCUAUAAUCCGGGACACUUCUACGAAACGAUAACAAAUGUACCAGACACACUGAAGAACACCAAAGUUUCUGUCGUCGACGGAAUUUUUACCUGUCGUUUUCAGCGCCUCAUCAAGGUCAAACAUCAGCACGUGGCUCUGCUAUCAGACGAAUUAUACAUGUUGGUUGGACAGGGUGAUGUCGAUUUAAUAAUAGGAAACCCUCACAUGCACAUCAAAAACCCCGUAUGUUCGGACAAAAAACUGGACUUCAUCCGCGGAAAUGAUGUCAUAACAACUACUCCCAUUCCUGACGUCACUUUACAGCCUGCGCCAUUUGUACCUGAUCCAAGAUGUGGUGUGACCAAAGGAUGUUUCCAUAGCUGUGACGGUUCAGGCGACCUAUGUUCAUUCCAAGUGACAUGGCAGGAGGCUGGAGACUACAUAGACUUUACAAUGUCACAGAAUAUCAGUGCUGUAGACAACGCUUGGAUAGCUCUAGGUAUAUCGGAUGACACCAACAUGAAAAACACCAGUGUAAUAAUGUGUAAAGAUGUGAACGGCAACAUUUCAGUGGAGCUCGGUUACAACCCCGGAUACGCGUACACCACUGUGGCAACGAAUACCAGGAAUCUCGUACUUACCAGUGGAUCUAACAUAGAUGGAAUAUUCACAUGUAAUUUCCAACGAAGAAAGACAAUCACCGACUUUAAUAACACCUUCACACUGACUGCGAAACGCUUCCUCAUCGUUGCUAAUGGUCUCCUAGCAACUGGUAUUCCUGUGAAGCACACCAACGAACCGACAGUCAGUCCUGGUAAACAGGACUUCAUCCACAUCGUCCCAGAAACCACCACGGUAAACCCAGGGGAGAUAACCACUCAGCCAGGACCAAUUAUUCCUGACGUGGACUGUGGAGUAACCAAAGGAUGUUUCUCGAGCUGUGACGAUACAAGGAAGUGUAUGUUCCAAGUGACAUGGCAGGAGGCUGGAGACUAUAUAGAAUUUACAAUGUCACAAAAUAUCAGUGCUGUAGACAACACUUGGAUAGCUCUCGGUAUAUCAGAUGACACUAACAUGAAAAACACAAGUGUUAUCCUGUGUAAAGAGAUGAGUGGCAGCAUUUCGGUGGAGCUCGGCUACAACCCCGGAUAUGCGUACAGCACUGUGGCAACGAAUACAAGGGACCUCAUACAUACCAGUGGAUCGCACGAAGAUGGAAUAUUCACAUGUAGUUUCCAACGAAGGAAGACAAUCACUGACUUCAAUAACACAUUCACACUGACUGCGAAACAUUUCCUCGUCGUUGCUAAUGGUCUUCUUUCGUCUGGUAUUCCUGUGAAGCACACCAACGAACCGACAGUCAGUCCUGGUAAACAGGACUUCAUCCACAUCGUCCCAGAAACCACCACGGUAAACCCAGGGGAGAUAACCACUCAGCCAGGACCGAUUAUUCCUGACGUGGACUGUGGAGUAACCAAAGGAUGUUUCUCGAGCUGUGACGAUACAAGGAAGUGUAUGUUCCAAGUGACAUGGCAGGAGGCUGGAGACUACAUAGAAUUUACAAUGUCACAGAAUAUCAGUGCUGUAGACAACACUUGGAUAGCUCUCGGUAUAUCAGAUGACACUAACAUGAAAAACACAAGUGUUAUCCUGUGUAAAGAGAUGAGUGGCAGCAUUUCGGGGGAGCUCGGCUACAACCCCGGAUAUGCGUACAGCACUGUGGCAACGAAUACAAGCGACCUCAUACAUACCAGUGGAUCGCACGAAGAUGGAAUAUUCACAUGUAGUUUCCAACGAAGGAAGACAAUCACUGACUUCAAUAACACAUUCACACUGACUGCGAAACGUUUCCUCAUCGUUGCUAAUGGUCUUCUAUCUUCAGGUAUUCCUGUGAAGCACACCAACGAGCCGAGAGUCAGUCCGGUUAAACAGGACUUCAUCCACAUCGUCCCAGAAAUCACCACGGUAAACCCAGGGGUGAUAACCACUCAGCCAGGACCAAUUAUUCCUGACGUGGACUGUGGAGUAACCAAAGGAUGUUUCUUUAGCUGUGUGAGUAGGGAGGACUGUAUGUUCCAAGUGACAUGGCAGGAGGCUGGAGACUACAUAGACUUUACAAUGUCACAGAAUAUCAGUGCUGUAGACAACGCUUGGAUAGCUCUCGGUAUAUCAGAUGACACUAACAUGAAAAACACCAGUGUUAUUAUGUGUAAAUCGAUGAAUGGCAGCAUUUCGGUGGAGCUCGGCUACAACCCCGGAUACGCGUACACCACUGUGGCAACGAAUACCAGCGACCUCAUACAUACCAGUGGAUCAAACAUAGAUGGAAUAUUCACAUGCAGUUUCCAACGAAGAAAGACAAUCACCGACUUUAAUAACACCUUCACACUGACUGCGAAACGUUUCCUCAUCGUUACUAAUGGUCUUCUAGCAUCUGGUAAUCCUGUGAAGCAUACCAACGAACCUACAGUCAGUUCAGAAAAACAGGACUUCAUCAACGUCGUUCCAGAAACCACCACGCCAGGGCCAUAUAAUCCUGAUGUGGGCUGUGGUGUAACGAAAGGGUGUUUCUUUAGCUGUGUGAGUAGGGAGGACUGUAUGUUCCAAGUGACAUGGCAGGAGGCUGGAGACUAUAUAGACUUUACAAUGUCACAGAAUAUCAGUGCUGUAGACAACGUUUGGAUAGCUCUCGGUAUAUCGGAUGACUCUAACAUGAAAAAUACCAGUGUAAUCAUGUGCAAAGAUGUGAAUGGCAACAUUUCAGUGGAGCUCGGCUAUAACCCUGGAUACGCGUACACCACUGUGGAAACGAAUACCAGUGACCUCAUAUUUACAAGUGGAUCACACAUAGAUGGAGUCUUCAUGUGUAAUUUCCAACGAAGAAAGACAAUCACUGACUUCAAUAACACAUUUGCAUUGACCAAUAAACAUUAUCUCAUUGUUGGUAACGGCCCGUUAUCGCUAUCGUCUGGUAUUCCUACGAAGCACCAAUCCGACCCCACAGUCAGUCCUAAUAAGGAGGAUUUUAUCCAUUUCGUUCCCGACACUACACCAACAAAUCCAGGGGAGUUAACCACUCAGAGUGGGUCAUCAAUAGUCAAAGACCCUGAGUGUGGUAAAAGUAAAGGCUGUUUCUCGGACUGCGAUAAUCAGGGACAGUCAUGUACAUGUCUGGUCACGUGGCAAAACGAGGUGAAAGCUAAAACGAUUCAAUUUGAAAUCGCAUCCAUCGUCAGCCCAAGCAUGGACGAUUGGAUAGCCAUUGGCUUAUCACCUAAAGCAAAAAUGGCCAAGUCUAGUGUAAUGAUGUGUGUGCUGGAGAAUGGUGUAGUCACUACGGAGCUUGGAUAUAAUACAAAAGAUCGCAUAUACGUACCACUAACUAAUAAAACAGAAUAUUUGUCACAUAUGAGUGGUUCUAUAGACGGAAGUGUAAUGAGGUGCACCUUCCAGAGGGCAAGUACAGUGUCAAACCCCCUUAACACCGAUAGUGCUAAGAUAUUCGACCUCGAGGAUGAAUGGUACCUCCUCUUUGCUCACGGGCUAGCACCAUCAGGAGUGCCGGAGAGACAUAAGGACAAACCAAAGAUCAGUAAAUCAAAGGUUAACUUCCUCAAGACCGGAGAUGUGGGCCUUGGAAAGCAGACAUCUGGACUUGUAAAACUACAUGGUUUUCUGAUGAUAGUCGCUUGGAUUAUAUUAUCCACUUCUGGUAUGCUGAUUGCUCGAUAUUUUAAGCCAAUUUUUCACCAGAAAGUCAAAGGGAAACAUCUCUGGUUUCAGUUCCACAGAACAUGCAUGUGUACAGUGGUGGUUCUCACAUUGACCGCCCUCAUCGCUAUUUUAGUAGAAGUAGGAGGAAUUAGUAAGAUAAGUGUCCCAGACGAUAUCGCUUACGUAAAGCUACAUCCGCUACUGGGACUCAUAAUAGUACUGUUGAUGCUCCUUAACCCAGCGAUGGCGUUUUUCCGUUGUGACCACGACAGUGCCCACCGCCCAAUAUUUAACUGGUUACAUUGGGGCGUUGCCUUUGUGGUGCAAUUUAUUUCAGGUUUCAACAUUAGCUUUGGAUUUCACCUGAACAAAGUGAACAUGCCUGUUAAUGAUGCCCUGUUCGUCAUGUAUAUGUACACGGGAACCUUCGUUAGCAUGUAUAUCGUUUUCGAGAUCACCAAGUGUGUAAUGAAGCGAAACGCGGCACGAUUGAGCAAUGAAACAGAUGAGUUUGCAGCUAAUAUUAGCUUAACCGAUGAGGAGGAAGCCGGUACUCCAAAUUUUACCUGUUUCAAGAUCAUCUUCGGAGUUCACAUUGUUGCAAUGCUCUCCUAUGGUACAACGUUGAUUGUGUAUCUGCUUGACGGGUAAAGUGAUAUUGCCGUCGAGAACCUAAGUAAGACUUUAAUUGUGUGUCUGCUGACCGAGUUAAGUUAUACCAUUGUCUAAGACAUUUAUUUUGUAAGACUUUUCUAAAGUGACCACUCCGGCUCACAUGUAGAACAUUUUUACUGGGAGUUUGAUAACUGGGUAACUUGAUAUUUGCAACGAGCUCUUGCGUAAAACUUUUGAUAAUUGUCUGCUGAACAGGUAAACAGAACUUACACUCAGGAAUAAAUGUCUGCUGUUUGAAACAAAAGCUCUCAAGAUCUCCUACUGGAUCACUGGAUCAACUGAUAUUGUUCUAGAUAUAGAACGAACUCUAAAUCAAUGUUUUAUAUAUAACUUUUCACUUGGUGGUGUGAUAAAAUCCUCCAAAUGCAUAAUGAUUUCAUUUCGAUUUUGAUUUAUCACAAUAGCGAAAUCAUUAAAAUGUCCGAUGUUUGGCUUCCGAUCAAGGUUUGUUUUGGACUAGCACAAUGCUUUAAAGUUAUGAAAUAAUAUAAAGUGUAUGGUCUUAUGUAUCUAUCAAAUAUUUCGUUUGUCUAUUUUCAUGUUCCUAACGACUUUGUUAUAAAGAAAUUGAUGCUUUUGUGAAACUAUGAACGUGUGAACUAUUCUACCUCGGUCGACUUAGGUCAAUAAGCCGUGCCAAAAUUAAUAUAUAAAGGUUUAUUGCAAAAAUAAAUCGUAAAUAAUAAAAGAUGAGUCCGUGUACUUAUCUGUGACAAGAUACUAUAACUUCCCGAUUCAGGUCUGACGUUGAUUUUUGGUUUUGUGUGAUAGGCUAGUAAUUCAUCAUUAUCAUUAUACUGAGAUAAAUCAUAAUACCAUCACUGUAAUGGGGCAAACUGUAAUAGAUUACUAGGAUUUCUCAAAACCGGCCAUGCGUAGGAAUAAAACAUAUGAAUGGUUUUAGAAGGUUUCGGUUUGGAGAAGUGAAUGUAGUUGACCAAGACCCCUGUAUGAAGCCAGGGUAAAAUUAAUGUUUUAUUCAAGUCCUUUUUCGAUGUGAGACUACAACGACUUUGUAUGUUCAUGAAACAAGUUUCUUUUGUCAAAAAUAGUCAGAAUUCUUAACUUAAAAUGGAAGUUCGGAUUAUAAAUAUCAGAGAACAGUAUACAGUUAUACUCGACAAAUGAUGGGAAUACGAAAAAAAGUUUGUGUACGACUUGUAACUAAUAUCAAGAUAAGUUGUCAUAAAAGUCAAAGCAGAAUGGCCAGUGGUCUGGUGUUUUGAGUUUUUAUAUUAUCAAAAGAGAUUUAUUUUUUAAUUUUAAGAUAAAUAGAAAAUUUCGUUAAAAAGUUAUUUACCCUAUGAAACAUUUGGAAUCGAGGUUGUAAGGAUUUUGAUAUAUUUUCUUUGCUUCUUACAAAAUAUGAUUUGUUUGAUUUUCACAUUUUAAUUUCUUUGAACUUUUGUUUUUUGUGAGUAUAACUGUGACAGAAGUGUAAAUGCUAAUUAUAUAAAACUUGCAUACAAGCAUACAUAUUGAAUGUGAGGUGAGAGCAAAUAUACAUAUCCCUUGAACAAUAAAAAGUAUGCAAAU